GUUUUUUUUGCAGACAGUAACAGAGGAAACGUAUGAGGCUACACAGCCAUUGACUGAGAUCAUUUCAGCAAACAAUAAAAAGGUAAGCAUAGAAAUGUCUUUCAUAAGUACAACUUGAAUUUUAAAUUGUAGAAACUUCUUCAUAACUACCUCUUUUAUUUUACUGUUAUUACAGGAGGAUACGCAUGCUGUGCAUCACACACCUUCCUCUCCAUUGUCUUCACUAAUUGCACUAGUUAUUGAAGAAAAUAAGAAUGCUUUGGUAAGAAGAAAUAUUUAAAAUGUUUAUGUAAUAUUUUUCUAUUCAACUAACUCUUACCAUUUACUUUUGUCUUAUAGAGUGAGACAGAAACUGCGACCCAAUAUUUUUCUACAAGUGAAGGAGAGCAUACACAAUCAAGCAGAAAGAAUCAAGCAGAAGAAUAUCUCAAGGAUACUACAGAACCUACUACUGAGCUAGUUUCCACAGAUGUUUCGAAGACACAGCCUCUUACUCAGCAAACACAGCACCUUCAGACAAGUGAGGGAGAUCAAUCCGAUGAGACACCAUCAGAGCAGAAUCAAGCAGAAGAAUAUCUCAAGGAUACUACAGAACCUACUACUGAGCUAGUUUCCACAGAUGUUUCGAAGACACAGCCUCUUACUCCGCAAACACAGCACCUUCAGACAAGUGAGGGAGAUCAAUCCGAUGAGACACCAUCAGAGCAGAAUCAAGCAGAAGAAAAUCUCAAGGAUACUACAGAACCUACUACUGAGCUAGUUUCCACAUAUGUUUCGAAGAUGCCGCCUAUUACUCAGCAAACAGAGCAUCUUCAGACAAGUGCUAUAGAUUUUUCAGAAACAAACGAGGUAUGCAUCGAGUAUAUUUGAUCUUUAAUUAUUAUUCUAACAAUUUAAAACCGCUGAUGUUACUGAAUCUUCAUUUUUAAUAGGUUGAAGUAAGCAGGCGUAUAGCUCACUUUCAAAUAGGCGCAGAGGUUGAGAUUUUGUCUACUGAUGACGAAAUAUGGUAUCCAGGAAAGGUUGUUGAUCUUAAACUGUGUGAAGGACUAGAGGAGCUGACAGUUGAGUACACGACACUCUUCACAUACCAACAUAAUAGACUUCAGAAACUUCAGGAUACUAUCACGGCUGACAAAAUACGUCCUGCAACACCAACUAGUGACCAAAAAUCCUUUGAGAUGAUGGAUAAGGUAGAAGCCUUUUACAACAAUGGCUGGAGCAGCGGACAAAUUAGCAUGGUACUUGGUGAUAACACAUACUCGGUGUGUCUCUAUACUUCUAUGGAAACUAUUCUAUUCAAACAUUCAGAUUUGCGAAUUCAUAGAGAAUGGAAAGAUGGAGUCUGGAAGAUGGCAGAUAAGGUAAAUCAUAACUAGAAUUAUACUUCACGUGAAUUGUUUGAUAUACAUACAUUUUAGUUUCAGGAAUGGUUUCCAGAAAUUCCGAUUGCAACAAAUUUGAUAAUAUUUUGCUUGGUGUCUAUUGUUUGAUUAAAGGUGAAGCCUGAUAAGAAAAGGAAAGCUGCUGCCUCAUCACAAAAUUCAGGAAUGGAUAAUGUUUUCCUAAGAAGGAGCGAGAGGGUGACUAAACGAUCUAGAGACACAAAAACUCCAUUCAAGUCUGACAGAAAUCCGGCUUUAACUGUAAUACCUGAGAUUAUACCUGCAGUUGAUCCGUUUUCAACUCCUGCGGAACAUAAGCUUUCAAGGCUUCAAAAUUGGAUGACAUUAAAGCCCGGCAUGCAUGAAACGUCCCUAUCAAUCAAUGAUAAUAAGAUAAGGAAAUCUUUCUUUCAAAGCAUGGAAAAUGCAAAAAAGGACCUUAAGAAAGAGCACAUUGAUGGAGCCUUUGCAAUGCUAAAUUGCAGAAGAAAUGAGAAUGCUGCUUGGUUCCACAACUACAAGAUUCCAAAGGCGUGCUUCCUACCUAUGGAGUUCUUGCAUUGCUUGCUCUCUGAUGAUUUGGCUUACAAGAAAGAAAAGGUCAAAGGUAAAAAGAUUUUCAACGAUAUAUUUAAAGAUACUGUGAGAGGGAAGGUAUAUCCAGAGAAGACAUGGGGAGAAGAUGUUGAUGUUGUGUAUGGGAUUACUCUUGGAAAAAAAAGCAAUGUCUGGAUUGGGAUGGAAAUUCAUUUGAAGAAGAAAAGAAUCACAGUAUAUGAUUGUUUUCAAAAGGAAAGCAACAGCAUUGAUAUUCCUCAAGUGAAAAAGUUGGCAGGUAUGUAUAAACAAUUUGUAUUUGAUGUAUUCAACUGUUUCUUGGUUUGAAAUAUUCAACUGAUUCUAUCUUGAUAUUGAUUUUUAAAUAUGACAGUGUUGAUUACUAAUCUGCUGGUGGAAUCUUCUGGUGAUGAGGUAGAUAAAGUGAAGAUGAUUCCAUUUGAGAUUGAGCACGCACAAGGUUUACCCAAGACAAAACAUCAUUUCAACUGUGGGAUAUUUCUUGUCAAGAUUCUGGAGUGCCAGUCAUUGAAGAUAGGAGACAUGACAAAGAUUAAUGAUGACAAUGCAUUGGAGCUAAGGAGAACCUUGUCUUGUGAGAUAUUCAACCAAUUUGUGGAUGAGAGCUUUGGGAAAUGAGAAUAAUGCAUGAAAACAUUUUUUGUUUUAGUUAAGACUCGGUUUUAGUUAUGACUGUUUAUUUUGUUAUGUUGUUGGCGUCUGGUUACAUAAGAAAGAUUGGAAGGAUAUCAAGUAUUUUUUUUGGGUAUCAUAUAUCUUGGAAGGUUAAAAUAAUGUUUUUGGAUGGGUUUCCAGAAAAAAAGUUAAGUGUUUCAAAUGUAAAAAAGAAUGAAAUGAGAUUAUAUACUAAGGAUUGGACAUGUAUAUGGUAAGCUUAAAAUUGUGAUGUUUACAGACAACAAAAAUUUAGAACCACAAAGGAUCGAACCCAGAGGGAGAGAGUUUGCGUAUUUGGAUAGUGUGGGAGUUUAGCCACUAGGCCAAGAAGAAUCAUCUGUUAAUGGAUUACAUUUAAUUUUAUUUAACUCCAAACUGUAACACAAAAAAAAAUUAAAAUUGAUUUUGAAUCCACCACAUAUCGAACCCGGGGAUAGAGAGACUUUUGAGUUAUGAAAUGCCUUGGUUUAACCGCUGGUCUGAGGAGAAUCAUCUGUUAAAGAAUAUUACAUAAGCAUACUUAAACCAAUUAAUAUAGGAUAGGUUUCCAAAACAAUACAUUUCGAUUGAAAAAAGACAAAACUCUUGCCGUCUCAACACUCUCGCCGUUUCAAACUUCUCGAAUCUCACUCGUCUCCGCCUCUCGAAUCUCUCUCUCAUCUCCAUAUCUCUCGAUCUCCGACGAAAACCCAUCUCCAGAACUCUCUCUCUCUCUCGAUCUUUUACGCGAGCUCUCUCUAUUCUCCGAGAAAAACCAUUUCUAGAGCUCUAUCUCUUUAAGGUAUGUUGCAGAUUCAACCUUAUGUGUGUUUUCUUUCUGAGAGAUUGGUCUCCUGGUUUUUGCUUGUGUAUAGACUUGCUCGUUUUAACCUAAUAUGAUUGGUAGAAUUCUAGUUCAUGUGAAAGCAUGUGUAUAGACUCAGGAAGGAUUUGUAUUGUUUCAGGAAACCCUUCCUGAAAAUUGGAUUUUAAUUAAUUUAGACAAAUAAAAUUUUUCUUGUUUACGCAGGAUAGAAACAAGAUGGGAGAUCCAUUACCAUUAAGACUAGCACUGCCUGAGCUGAGGUAUCCGAUUGGAUCAGAGCCAGAGAAGACGAUAUCGAUAAACCAACACUCGAUAGUUGCUUAUAUCAAAACUGUUAAGGAAAUUCUAGGAAAUGAUGAGUUCAACAGAAUAAGAGGGACGUUUUUGGGACCGGUGAUCAAGCUUGGAGAGAGGUCUUUGAAAUUAUCAGCUAAGAUAGUGCACGCAGUUCUCACCAAAAGCAUCAAGACAGUGAAGAGACACGAAGCAUGGUUCCAUUUUGGUGCUCAGCCAAUGAGGUUCUCUAUAAGAGAAUUCCACAUGGUGACUGGUUUGAAAUGUAGUGGUGAAGCAAGAGAACCACGAGAGGAAACCGAGAAAUUUAAGUGGGACUUCCUAAAAGGGCGUACUCAUACAGUAAAGGACGUGGAGAAGCAGCUCAGAAACACAAGAGAAGAUGCUUCUGAUGAGAGAUUCUGCCUUGCAAUGCUCCUCCUGAUUGAGAGCAUACUACUACAGAAGAGCCUUCUCGACGGUGGCACAACUUUUACUUUGGAUUAUGUGAAAAUAGCGCAGGAUAUGGAUGUCUUGAUGACAUACCCAUGGGGGAGAACAGCUUAUAAUUUGCUGUUAAAAUCACUUCAGAGAGCUGUCGACAAAAGCCUCGACAAAAACAAUUAUGAUUUGCAAGGAUUCCCUAUGGCAUUUCUUAUAUGGAUACUUGAGUCAGUACCUUUGCUACAGUAUGCAUUCAGUCAAGUUGUUCCUAUUCUGAGCGUUCAACCGUCUACCCCAAUAUUUUUGUGUGAGAAGUACCUUCAAAUAGCUUCUCCACAGCUGAUAGAUGUUCUCCUAAUUGAAAUCAAAGAUCAUGUAAGUUUUUACAUUAUUUUUUUCUUGUUUCUGUUUUGCCUUAUGAUUCUCCAUUUAAAAGCUAAUUAUUUUUAUGGUUUCAGCUUAAGGUCACAUGCAUCCUACCUCCUAUUUCUAAUGAUCCAGAAGCUGAUGUUUGCAUGGAAGACGAAGCUAAUAAAGAUCUGGAUGACAUGGCCGAUUUAUCCAAGAGAGGUUAUAAGUUUAAAAUUAGAGAUUGGCGAAACAUGUCAGUAGACCUAUACGGUGCUAAUGAACAAAUAAGAAGAGCAUCUUUACUGUUUGGGAAUGGAGGGAUGAGUCAAGCUUCUUCUUCGUAUCAGGAGGAGUCUUUGGAAUCAAAGAUCAACAGAAUCAGCGAGAUGGUGGGAGAUAAUUUAAGGAUCAUGAACGAUCGUUUGUGUUUGAUUGAAAAAGACAGGAAACAGAUUAAAGAACGUGUGACAAAACUAGAGAAACUACAAAGAGUUACUUCAUAUGAAACCCCAAACAAUGAGGUAACUUUUUUUUCGGAAAUUAAAAUUAAUGUUUAUCUAGUUCUUGAUUCAGUUUUUUUUUGAGUUGUCAAGUAAUUUUGGAAGAUGUUAUACAUAUUUAGGAUUGCCUUCCUAAUUUUUGUUGUACUUGCACAGACUGACACAACUCCAUUUCAUGAGACGGCUUCCAGACAAGGUGAAGCCAAUGCAGAUCAAGCAGAUGAACAACUUAACAAUGAGGCAAGUAUAAUUUUGAAAACUGUUGGUAUUUAUAAAAUUAUGAAUUUGGUUGUACUUAAAUUAAUUUUUGGAAGUUCUUGUACGAGUUCAUAAUCCCAUUCCUGACUUCAGGAUACACGAGAGCCUAUGAAUGAGAUCACGAAAGAGACACCUGGUUCUCCAAUAGCUCAACAGAAUAUUGAGACUCCAGUCCUUACUCCAAUUCAGACGCAGCAGGAGACUCACGAGCUUAUGAAUGAGAUCAUUUCACCAAACAUUUCCGACACACAGCCAAAUACCCGAGCUCGCAGAAAUCUUUUAACAGAGCAAAAUAAGGAUGUAGAAAGCAGAGUUCAAAAUCCCUUUGAGAUCGGAGCAAAUGUGGAGAUUUCAUCACAAGAUGACAAUACUUGUCAUAAAUGGUAUCCAGGAAAUGUGUUGGCAACAUAUUUGGUUGAUGGGGUUGAGAUGGUGAAAGUUGAGUACUUCGUCCCGUCUCUGGACGAAAAGAAGAGGAAAAGGAGUGUUGAGACACGUGUAUCAAUUGACAGAAUACGUCCUCAACCACCACCUGAGAGAUCUGGAGCGAAGAAAAGUUAUGAGCUAAUGCAGGACGUGGAGGCGUUCGACAAUGGUGCCUGGUGCGCUGGAAAAGUUAAAGUCAUUUUGUUUGAUGGCUCGUGUUUUGUCUCUUUGAACAAUUCUAAAGAACAAAUUUACUUCCACCAUUCUGAGAUGCGAAAACCAAGAAAAUGGGUAGAUGGUGUUUGGGAGAUGACAAAAAAGAUGGAAGAAGAGCAGACGCAGAGUGUGAAUCCAAGUGAAGGAGAUGGUGAUAAAAAGGGGAAGGCGAAGGCUGUCGCUUGUAAGAAAAAUGAAGCAGCUGGUCCAUCAGAAGAUGGUGUUGGGAAAAUGGCAAAAGAGAUGGAAGUAAAGCAGGGUAAGAGUGUGAAACCAAGUCAAGACGAUCAUGCAAAAAAGGGGAAGCCUGAUGUUGGUAAGAAGAAGAAAGCAAAUGCUCAGCCAGUAGAUAUGCUUCCUUUUCUACAGCGAGAAGAGAAGAGGCCAAUACGACCUAGAAACCCUCCUAUACCUGUAACACCUGAGGUAAUCCUUCCAAUUGAUCCAUUUGUGACACCUGAAUUUCCUCGGUUUUCAAGGCUUGCACACUGGAUGGAUCUACGGGGCAUAUAUCGUGUACCGUUUUAUAUCAAUGGAAAAGAAAUUGAAAAAGAGUUCUUUCAAAAAAUGGACGAUGCAGAAAACAAUCUCAACAAAGAGCACAUAAAUGUUGCAUUUGAAAUGCUAAAUUGUAAGAGGGUUGAGCAAGGUGCUUGGUUCCGCAACAACAAUCUUCCAGCAGCAUGCUUUGUACCAGUCAAAUUCUUAGAAGUGGUUGGGUACGCUUAUGAAUCUGUCAGGAAGCCACAUAAGAAAAAACAAACGUUAUUGGAGGGCUGUGUAGGCGAACUUGUGAAAGGUUUAAUACAUCCAAAGAAGGUAUGGCUGGAAGAUGUUGAUGUUAUAUAUGGUGUCAUUGAAGAUAAGUUGAGCUAUCACUAUAUUGGGGUGGAGAUACAAUUGAUGGACAACACAAUCACACUCUUCCAUUGUGGUCUUCCAAAAGCAAAUAUCAAACGUGCUCUUAAUCAAAUCCAAGAACUGGCAGUGUUGAUUAGUGCCAUAAAGAUGGAACUUCUUGGUGAAGAGGUUAAUUUCGAAGAUAUCAGUCCAUUUGAAGUUAAGUUUGCAAAAGGGCUUCCAAAGACAAAAUUUCCAUACAACUGUGGUAUUUUUGUUGUGAAGAUGCUGGAAUGCAGGUCACUGGGAUUGAAGAGCAUGGCUAAUAUAAAUGAUGAAACUGCGAUGGACUUAUGAAGCAAGCUAUGUUGUGAGAUCUUCGACCAGUUUAUGGAUAAAGAUUUCCAGGAAGGUCAAAGGAAGUGAAAAUGUCAUAUUUGUUCUACUCUGUUUUCUACUCUGUUUUCUACUUUGAUAUUAAU